AUGUCUGAUUCGAAUGCUUAUCUAAAGAGUAUUUCUUCCGACUCUCCGUUAAACAAACCUACGUCAAUUCCACAUUCUUCAGUACCUAAACUCCCAGAUUAUCUUGCCAAUACAAAAUUUGCGGAAAUGUAUUAUAAAGCGCAUGAGAUACUCAGAAGCGUGACUUUGCCAACUGAAUGGAACGUUGACGAUAAAUGUACUCAUUUGAACGUAGAUUCGGACAGACUUAAAGUAAACUAUAUAGGUCCGGGCGUGAAUGAUUUUGAUGCAGCAGCUAUUCGUGCUAAUCAUUCAAUGCCCCCACGAUAUGAUGGGCUUACAUUCUUUUCAGGAUUUAGUAAACCAUAUGGACCAAAAUUUACAACAGGAGAUACCAUAGGGUGUUGUUUAAAUUUAAGAGACGGUACAGCAUUUUAUACGAAGAACGGACAACAUCUGGGUAUAGCGUUCCGAGAUUUGAAAGGAGUUUUUUAUCCUUCCAUUGGAUUAAGAACUCGGGGUGAAUCUAUUGAAGCUAAUUUCGGGCAUAAGAAAUUUAAAUUUGCGAUCGAACAUUAUAUGUAA